AUGUCCAACUUGACCGCCUUUCCUCAACCAAGCAACGUUGAUAACAAUCCUGUGACCGGCAUCGCCAUCAUCAUACAUAUCUCCAACCUUACCUCUUUCAAAACUUGGCAGUUUGCGGGUGCGCUAUCCGUGGACUGGAUGUGGGAAGUGUUGGCAUCUGCAUGUGAUCGGGACCACACAUCACCUCCCAUCGAGACAUCCCGAAACAAAAACCGGGAACUUGGAACGGAGGUGUUCUUAUCAGAUAUCCAUCCUUCCAAGGUUUUCGAUGAGUUGCAAAGGCAGCAGGACAAUCACACUCGGAUUCAAGAUCGAGAUAUCAAAGGCAGUGCUUUCCUUCACAUGUUCGCGAAACCAGGCCCUCCGGUGAUGGGAAUAAUCAAGACAACAACCACCUUGUCUCAACCCCGGAUUUUCAAGUUCACUCGCCACAUCAGCUACUUCUACCCCUCGACACCAAACCAGAUCAUAUGUCUCGACUUUGACAGCCCCGUCAAGCCAACCAAAAAGCCACAAAGCCUCCCAGCUCAAAGCCACCUCCGUCCCGAGUCUGUCUCACGGAGGAAAGGUCUCAUGUUCAACGCCAAGUUUCAAGACAGGAUACCGUACCGAACAUCGGGCUUAAGCCCAGAUUCCGGAUUUCACAUUCCUUGACUCCAUUAACCCCAGAUCCUCUUUGCAUGUGGUAACCUGGGAGCGGGUAUAGCACAAGAUGCAACCGGCUCACCGGUUCCGUACUAAACUGGCGGAAAGAUCUCGGAGUUCAUCUGAAAAACACCAUCCACGGUUACCGCUACCGCUACUGCUACCGCUACCGCACACCAUCGCACGCCAUCUCAUGAACUAUCACGAAUCUCCCCUGGCCUCCCCUGACCUCCCCUGACCUCCUG